GCGAGGCCACGCCCACAGCCGUUAUAGGCAGCGGCUCCCGCUGAGCCCCGCACUCAGCUGUGCAGUCCCAGGAUGGGAGAGUGGCCCUCACCUCAGGACUCCUCGCCGCCCCUCCAGUGACUCCCCAUGGACGCAGCAGUGGAGUCUGAUAUUGUGUGGAGGAAUAUUACAGCAGCACUGGGGGUGUACAGUAAUGUGAAAUGGAUACAGGUGAUUACGUCUAUGCUAAGUAUCGUCGGUUCUGGCUCAAUCAUUGGCUACGCUGUAUUUCAGAAUGCUGUUAAAUUACCAGAGGUUCGUCCGCUUUUUUAUCUCAGUGUCUCUGACCUACUUGUGGCUUUUUGCUGGCUCCUUGGGGCUGUUCUGUACAAGCCGCAUACUCAGAGUGUGCCAUGCUUCAACCUCCAGGCGGUGGGCCAGGUUUUUUAUCUUUCAACAUAUUUGUACACAAUCAACUACAUGUGGCAGACCUUCAGCAAUUUCAGGAGAAGAAUAAGCAAUGACUUAAAUCAGAUUUCAGAUAAAGAAUGCUGCAUUGGGAGAGUAGCAACAGUUCUAUGCAGUGUAGUUCCUGUUUUAUUCAUCUGCCCUGUAUUAUAUUAUGGGAACACCAAGGAAUGCUACAGGAACAACAGCUACAGCUGUUUGGUGCUGAACAUCGGAUCCCAGAUUACAAUGGACCCCGACGCUUCUGGCAGCUGUGCAGCCUUACACACUUACAGCACCGCUGUCUUUAUGACUACAUUUUGCCUUUCAACCACAGGAAUAUUAGUCAUAUUGGGUUACAUCUGUCAGUUAUUCAGAAUGAUACAAAAAGACUCAAGAUCACUACAAGGCCACUGGGCUGUCAUCAAUGUUACAAGACAUACCUUUCUACUGUUUCCCUCUAUCUUUCUUUUCUGCUGCUUACCAGUUGUUACACUGACCUUAGUUAACAUGAAGGAGGUAACUGAUGGCUACCAAGUACUGUGUUAUAUCCAGGCAUUUACUGCAGUUUCUCAAGGAUUCCUCAACAGUUUGGCUUAUGGAUGGACACAGCAAAUGAUUCGUUGCCUGAAACGAAACCGCUGCCGUGAUGUAGAUACCCAAACUCCUCUUCUACGCUCUCAGAAAAAUCUUUAUGCUGCCAUGCAGACUUCUAACACCUGCAUAGGCCCACGCUCUAUUUCUGCAUUUUGAUGACCACCAUAAAAAAAAGCACGGCUGCUAUGGGACACAUUGGAAGAAGUCUUAAUGGAACUUUACAGUAUGGGCGUUGUGUUUAAGAGAUACAUUGGAGUAAAGUACUUAAUAAAUCCAAGGAAACCUUUGUAUAAGAUUGCUCUUUCGUCAAGAAGGGUUGAGAAGAUUAGAUGUGUUCUUGACGUUUUGGUUAAGAUCUGACAAUGCCAAUUUAUGGAGAUAUCUGCAAGUUGCUUCUGAACAAAUUGAUAUAGAUCAUAUAUGUAUGUGUGCAGUCUGUUCUACACUACAGUGCAAAGAGGGACAAGUCCGGUGUCAGUUUUAGUGACACUACAGAUAUUUAUUGAGCGCAACACUUGGCAAAGUUUGAUGGACUUAAGGAAUAUCAUAUCUUAUUGAUAUUGUUUUUCUUUUUUUAGUUGUUCUCUGUGUCUACAGAAUGUAAAAAAGCUUACAAUGAAAUGAAAAUUCCGUUAACACUGAAAUUGCAAGGAAAAUAUAGAAUUUUUUUUAUUGGAUGUGAUGGCUGUAAGGGAAAAUUGAUCAAAACUGGUGUGAAGGAAAACUGGCUUAGUUGCCCAUAGCAACAAAUCACAGCACAGCGUUAAUUUUUUUCAACAGCAGUAUAAAAAAUGAAUGAGGUGUUGUGGUCGGUUACUAUGGGCAACAAAGACAGUCUUUCUUUUAGACAGUUUCAUAAAUCUCCCCCUGUGUUGAUGAUAUACGUUAUGAUUAAGUUGUACAAUGACCGAUACACUGAAUGCAUCUCAGUGACAAAAGGACACAACAGCCUAAGGUUCUGUUUUGACCAUACGAUGGACGUUCAUGUUUCAACUGCACCACCUAAUGGGUAUGCACUAGAAAUAUGUAACUGUAUGCCUGUACAGUACACACCUGCCAUUGUAAGAAAAAAAGAAAAAUACAGUGUGGUCACCACAGCCCAAGAACACCACACAAUAAGGGUCCAUUCACACGUCCGUUGUUUCUUUCUUGAUCUGUUCCGUUUUUUGCGGAACAGAUCUGGACCAGAUCUGUACCCAUU